AGAAGAACCUGUCAAAAUGAGUGGACGCGGAAAGACUGGAGGCAAAGCCAGAGCUAAGGCCAAGACUCGCUCAUCCCGUGCCGGGCUUCAGUUCCCCGUGGGUCGUGUCCACAGACUGCUGCGCAAAGGCAACUAUGCGGAGCGUGUGGGAGCUGGCGCCCCCGUUUACCUGGCAGCUGUGCUCGAGUACCUGACCGCUGAGAUCUUGGAGCUGGCUGGCAACGCGGCCCGCGACAACAAGAAGACUCGUAUCAUCCCACGUCACCUGCAGCUGGCUGUGCGCAACGACGAGGAGCUCAACAAACUCCUGGGGGGAGUCACCAUCGCUCAAGGUGGUGUGCUGCCCAACAUCCAGGCUGUGCUGCUGCCCAAGAAGACCGAGAAGCCCGCCAAGGCCAAGUAAAUGCAAAGCGUUCAGCUUCACCAAAAAACGGCUCUUUUAAGAGCCACACACACCUAUCUGAGCAAACCUCCUUCUUGCUGUUACUGUCUGUAACUGGGAUAUGUAGAUUAUGCAUCUUGAUUUAUUUUGAAAUGUACGUUCAUUCAUAUCACCUUACAUGGUCAGGGACU